UAGCCCUCACUUCUCUUCUCCCUCCGCCACCAUCGUCUUGCAGCUGCAACCAUAGCACGACGGCGCUGAUUUAAACUCUCCAACUUCAUAUUGCGAGGUAUGGCAUCUGAAAAUACUCAACAAGCCAACAAAGUUAAAGUAGAACGUAGGGCUUGGAGUGACGAAGAGUUUAGUACACUAUUAGAUUUAUUAGAGGAGGCAGUUGCCUUGAACAAAAGGGCUGAUGCUGGGCAAUUCAAAAAUGGUACUUUUAAAUGGUUAGAACAAAAGUUGGAGGCCAAGUUUCCAGAAGCAGGCAUAAAGGUGAAGCCGCAUAUUGAGUUGAUCAUGAGGAGGCUUAAAACGGAGUAUGGUAAUGUAUAUGACAUGUUGAACACAAGUGGUUUUGGGUGGGAUGAUGUUAACAAGAAGAUUCUAGUUGAUAGUGAUGAUGUGUGGAAUGCAUACAUCCAAGCUAAGAGAGACACAACCUUGAAGAACUAUAGGACCAAGGUGUUUCCUCACUUUAAUCGAUUGAUGAUCAUCUUUGGAAAGGAUCGUGCUACUGGAAAAAUGCUGAAGCUCCUGUUGAUGUACUUGAGGACUUGGACGAAGAAGAACAAACUCAUGAAAACAAUGGUACUGCAGUUGUUCUAGAGGGAGAAGCUAAU